CGAUUCCUUUGCUAAUCAGGAAGUUGUAUCUGAGAAGUUGUGGUGAAAGCUGAUAGAACACAGAAAGUCUGAUCCUAAUCAUUUGGCACCGUUUCCCAAGAAACACAUCAAUUAAACACUACCUGAUAUCAAAGGCCCGUAAGACUAUACAGAAUGUCUCGACAGUCAAACAGAACCUCCGACAGUAAGAAAAUGAACUCCGAGCUGUUCACGCUCACCUACGGGGCCCUGGUCACCCAGCUGUGCAAGGACUACGAGAACGACGAGGAGGUCAACAAGCAGCUGGACAAGAUGGGAUACAACAUUGGCGUGCGACUCAUCGAGGACUUUCUGGCCCGCUCGAGCGUGGGGAGGUGUCACGAUUUCCGAGAAACGGCCGAUGUCAUCGCUAAGGUGGCGUUUAAGAUGUACCUGGGAGUGACCCCCAGCGUGACCAACUGGAGCCCGGCAGGAGACGAGUUCUCCCUCAUCCUGGAGAGCAACCCGCUGGUGGACUUUGUGGAGCUCCCAGACAACCACAACAACCUCGUCUACUCCAGCCUGCUGUGUGGAGUACUGCGGGGGUCACUGGAGAUGGUCCAGAUGGCAGUGGACGUCCGCUUCGCCCAGGACACCUUGAGGGGUGACAACGUGACCGAGAUCCGCAUGAAGUUCAUCAAGAGGAUCGAGGAGAACCUGCCAGCCGGCGACGAGUGAUGCAUCCUGGGAAAUGAAGUCAUUCCUGGGGGGGGCCCCCUCCUUGUGGAGGCUGAGUCUUCACAGGGCCCAGGUACAAAACUACAGACUGCGAUUCUCAUCUCCCCUUGAGAGAAACCCAGUGUCCAAUGACUGGCAUCUGGUCCCCAUCUUAUUUAUUAGCUAAAGAAUGCCCAGAGCACUUGGCUUACUCACCGUUUCACCAAACAUCCGCCGCCUUCUGUCCGUAGAGAAAGGUUGAGCUUUUAAAAAAAACUUCAGUCGUCAGACUUGGGAGAACCCCUCUCUUCCAGUCACUGGUUUCCAACCAGCUCGGGUGAAACGACACACACACACACACACACACACACACACACACACACACACACACACACACACACACACACACACACACACACACACACACACACACACACGGUCCUGAGCUGUAGUGACAUGUUAUCUUUCGCAAAGUGUGUUUGUGUGUUUGCUUUGGUUGUGUUUUUUAAACAUGUCGCUCCCCCUCAGUAUACAAAAGGGACCCAGAAAACCCUUUAAUUUAGGUUUCAUUUCAAGAGUUGUCCACGUCCAUAUCCAUCACAAUAAAGGCCCAAUUGAACCUGGCUGAAUAGUAUAUGUCUGUAAGCAGAACUGCAUAAAGGGGACCUCUACUGCUAAAACUAUUAUGUCAUUUCCUGUUUGUAUGUUUCAAUCAAUGCUAUGAUUUACCUUAACAUGGUUAAAGUAAAACUGUUUGUUUUCUAAAA